AUGGAGAUAAAGCUGGCCGAUUUGGAGGAUCGGAGCAGACGAAAUAAUAUUGUGGUACACGGGCUUUGUGAGCGUAGAGAAAACUUUAAUGCUUUACAAUAUACCACAGCCCAGCUCCCCCUGUGGUUCCCUGCGCUGAAAGACGCGCCUCCAGAAAUCAUGAGAGCACACCGCAUUGGAGCUCCCCGGAGCAAAGCAACAACACCAAGGGUCAUGAUUUUCAUGUGCUUAAGAUACACUGACAGAGCAAGGAUUUUGAAAGCUGCGAGAGACUCACCGCUGGUGAUGGAAGGACAGCAGGUCCGCUUCACGGCUGACUACAGCGUCGCAACCCGGGCUCGUCGCAAAUCCUGCUAUCCUGUCAUGGAAAAGGCUCGUCAAGCGGGUUACGAGGCUUUCCUGCUUUAUCCAGCCACGAUAAAAGUGUCCAAAGGCCAUGAGCACGAGGUAUUCCAAGAUCCUGUGAGGUUGGAGAAGUUCCUCGAGAGUCAAGAGGAUGAAGAAUCCUUUGGAAACACGACGCGGGCUCAAGCUGCUCUGAUCGAUGAUGAGAACAGCGUCACAUAA